UGAAUACAAUUAAAUACGCUGUGUUUUCUGCCAACUGGCAACCCGCGGUGCCGAAAUACUGUAUAAACUACUAUAAUACUGGGUAAACUGGCAGUGGGGGGGUUUCACAAACCAUAACAAACACAGACAUUCCGGGCCGAAUGCACAUUUUCAAAGGAGAAUAACUGACUGUAGCAUUAUUUUUCAGAUAAACAAGUGUGUUAACUUAGCAUGUUUCUUAAAUAUCUGCAAACAUAUUAUGGUAUUUCUAUGCUUUAGUAGAGUCAAAAUCCUACAUACAGCACCUUUAACCUUUUCAGUGGUGAGUUUAAAAUAUUCCAGCAGUCCCCCCAGAGUGAGUUUUUUUUAGGCGACCGUUAUUUUAGAACGUUUCCCCUUAAUGUUUCCAUGGCGACGCGUCAUGAUUGUCACGUGACACACCGCGCCCACAAUAACACUGUAUGACAGAUGUAUCGCUUUUAUUUCGUUUUUCCUUUUUUAUUCAAAAUAUUCAUAAACUUGCUUACCAUAUAAUCAACUAUCUGAUAUUCCGAUUCACAAAUAUGUGCAAAUGAGUGUGUUUUAUCGUUUAAAAACAGUUCUAAAUGAUCUUGAUCGUGAUCUGUAAUGUGAUAUGGGCGCCGCCAUGUUUGUUCGCGCUGCAGUUCAGAGAGUCCUAUCAGUCAGAUUUAUAUCACGUAAAUUCAUCAAUUUCUCGCAAAAUACAUGCAAUUACGCUACUGGGUGCUUUGCUAUUGUUAUUGGUCGUAUGUCGGCUUUCCUCAGAGUACAAAUCUCAGAAAGAAGGGAAAGAGCCACCGGGACCCAAACCACUGCCGCUGCUGGGGAACCUGCUGACUCUUGACCUCACGAGACCCUUUGACAGCCUUUGUGAGCUCUCUAAAACCUAUGGGAACAUAUUCCAAGUGUUUUUGGGACCUAAAAAAGUUGUGGUAUUAGUUGGACACAAAACUGUUAAAGAGGCUCUUGUGAACUAUGCGGAUGAGUUUGGAGAGCGAGAUAUUACACCUGGUUUUAGGAUACUUAAUGAUGGUCAUGGGAUCCUCUUUUCCAAUGGAGAAAGCUGGAAAGAGAUGCGACGCUUUGCUCUCAGCAACCUGCGGGACUUUGGGAUGGGCAAGAGAGGAAGUGAAGAGAAAAUCAUAGAGGAAAUUGAGUAUCUGAAAGGAGAGUUUGAUAAGUUUGAAGGGAAACCCUUCAACACGACACAACCUGUGAACUACGCUGUGUCAAACAUCAUCUCAUCGAUCGUGUACGGCAGCAGAUUUGAAUACACAGACCCUCAAUUCACUGCAAUGGUCGACAGAGCAAACGAAAAUGUUCGUGUUAGUGGAUCGGCAUCUAUGAUGCUAUACAACAUAUUUCCAUGGUUGGGUCUGUUCCUGAACAGCAAAAGGAUUAUUGUAAGGAAUUUGUUGAAAAAUAGAGCACAAAUUGUGAAGUUGAUUGCUGGACUGCAGGAGACACUGAAUCCACACGACCGCAGAGGGUUUGUCGACUCCUUUCUCAUCCGCAAACAGAACGAAGAGGUACAGCAAUCGGGCAAGAAGGACUCACACUUUCACCAUGAUAAUCUUCUCAUGACGGUGGGAAAUCUCUUUGUCGCUGGUACUGACACCACAGGAACGACCCUGCGCUGGGGUUUGAUGCUUAUGGCCAAAUACCCUCAUAUACAGGAUCGCGUUCAGCAGGAGAUUGACAGAGUGAUCGGUGGACGUCAGCCAGUGGUGGAAGACAGAAAGAAAUUACCGUAUACAGAUGCCGUGAUCCAUGAAACUCAGAGAAUGGCUAACAUUGUACCCAUGAAUCUCCCUCAUAUGACCAGCUGUGAUGUUACCUUUAAUGGAUACUUUAUCGAAAAGGGCACCACUGUAGUUCCUCUGCUGACGUCUGUUUUGAAGGAUCCAAGUGAAUGGGAAAAACCAAACAGCUUUUACCCAGAACACUUCCUUGAUGAGAAGGGCCAGUUCGUCAAGAGAGAUGCUUUCAUGCCCUUUUCUGCAGGACGCAGGGUUUGUCUUGGAGAGAGUUUGGCCAGGAUGGAGCUCUUCCUGUUCUUCACCUCCUUUCUUCAGAGCUACCGCUUCACGACUCCACCUGGAGUGUCUGCAGAUGAUCUGGAUCUCAAAGGAAUAGUUGGAGUUACAUUAAAUCCUUCGCCACACAAGUUGUGUGCGAUCAGAUGUUCCUGAUACUUGACAAUCAAAACAUAUUUGACCUAAUUUUAAAUAAGAAUUUGCAUGAUUUGAUGAGAAAAUGCACAAAAUGUCUCAGAGAGACGAAAAUGAACCUCCAGGGGCCAAAACCGUUGCCACUUUUGGGAAAUCUGAUAUUUUUAGAUAUCAGCAAACCACACUUGAGCCUGUGUGAGAUGGGGUUCAGGAGGGGAUUGACCAAAUGAUCGGUGGACGGCAACCGGUAACAGAGGACAGGAAGAACUUACCGUAUACAGACGCUGUGAUUCAUGAACCCAGAGAUUUGCAAACAUAGCACCCAUGAGUAUCCCUCAUAUGACCAGCUGUGAUGUUCACUUCAAUGGCUACUUUUUUAAAGUUUAGCGUACUGUAAAAUAAUAUAAAAAACAGAACCAGUUCCUAGUGAAAAUGCAAUUUUCCCCUACAUUACCCCAUUCCACCAAAGUAUAAUAAAAUAAUAUAUAAAAAUGCACAUAAAUACAUUUCCAUUUUUGUGAGAAACAUUAAGACGUGAUGUUUUUCCUUGAGCAGGGCACGUGUGUAUUUCCACUUCUAAUGUCUGUACUGUGGGAUGAGGAUGAAUGGGAAACACCUCACACUUUUAACCCCAAACACUUCCUGGAUGAGCAUGGCCGAUUUGUGAAGAGAGACGCCUUCCUGCCCUUCU